AUGGCAACUUCACUUCUAGGGGAAGAACCGAGGUUGGGAUCGACUCCUCUGGCCAUGCUCGCUGCUACCUGCAAUAAGAUCGGCAGCCCCAGCCCGUCUCCCUCCUCCCUCUCGGACAGCACUUCUUCCUUCGGCAAAGGCUUCCACCCCUGGAAACGCUCCUCGUCCUCCUCUUCCGGCAGCUGCAACGUGGUGGGCUCCAGUCUCUCAAGCUUUGGCGUGUCGGGGGCCUCCAGGAACGGCGGCUCGUCCUCGGCGGCGGCGGCGGCUGCGGCAGCGGCGGCGGCAGCCGCAGCCCUGGUGUCCGAUUCCUUCAGCUGCGGCGGCUCGCCGGGCUCCAGCGCCUUCUCCCUCACCUCCAGCAGCGCUGCUGCUGCUGCUGCCGCCGCCGCCGCCGCCGCCUCCAGCUCGCCGUUCGCCAACGACUACUCGGUGUUCCAGGCACCCGGAGUGUCGGGGGGCAGCGGCGGCGGCGGUGGCGGCGGCGGUGGCUCCUCCGCGCAUUCGCAGGACGGCUCCCACCAGCCCGUUUUCAUCUCCAAGGUGCACACCUCGGUGGACGGGCUGCAGGGCAUCUACCCGCGUGUGGGCAUGGCGCACCCGUACGAAUCGUGGUUCAAGCCCUCGCACCCGGGCCUGAGCGCCGCGGGCGACGUGGGCUCGGCCGGCGCCUCCAGCUGGUGGGACGUGGGCGCCGGCUGGAUCGACGUGCAGAACCCUAACGGCGCGGCGGCGCUGCCCGGCUCGCUGCACCCUGCCGCCGGGGGGCUCCAAACCUCGCUGCACUCGCCGCUCGGAGGCUACAACUCGGAUUACUCAGGCCUGAGCCACUCGGCCUUCAGCAGCGGCGCCUCUUCGCAUCUGCUCAGCCCCGCCGGGCAGCACCUUAUGGACGGCUUCAAGCCCGUGCUGCCCGGCUCCUACCCGGACUCGGCCCCAUCGCCGCUGGCCGGCGCGGGGGGCUCCAUGCUGAGCGCGGGGCCGUCGGCGCCGCUGGGGGGCUCCCCACGCUCCUCCGCGCGCCGCUACUCGGGCCGUGCCACCUGCGACUGCCCCAACUGCCAGGAGGCGGAGCGGCUGGGCCCGGCCGGGGCGAGCCUGCGGCGCAAGGGCCUGCACAGUUGCCAUAUCCCGGGCUGCGGCAAGGUGUACGGCAAGACGUCGCACCUCAAGGCGCACCUGCGCUGGCACACUGGCGAGCGGCCCUUCGUGUGCAACUGGCUCUUCUGCGGCAAGCGCUUCACGCGCUCCGACGAGCUUCAGCGGCACCUGCGGACCCACACGGGCGAGAAGCGCUUCGCUUGCCCUGUCUGCAACAAGCGCUUCAUGCGCAGCGACCACCUCAGCAAGCACGUGAAGACGCACAGCGGCGGCGGCGGCGGCGGCGGCUCGGCGGGCUCAGGCAGCGGCGGCAAGAAAGGCAGCGACACCGACAGCGAGCAUAGCGCCGCGGGCAGCCCGCCCUGCCACUCCCCGGAGCUGCUGCAGCCCCCUGAGCCCGGCCACCGCAACGGCCUAGAGUGA